AAGCUAGUAAAGAACUUCUUCGAACCUUGGAAAUGAUGGAAAGAGAUAUUGAGGAAGUUGUAGUAUGGGUCCUGGUGGAAAAGAGAAAAAGAACUGCUUCAUUGGAUGUUGGGUCAUCAACUAAUGCUUUAGAGCCUGAAAAUGAAGUGAUUGUAGGAUUCGACGAAGAUGUAGAGACAAUAAUUUUCUGGCUCACUUGUUCAUACUUUUGGAGGAAUAGUAACAUUGAUGACAAGGUUUUGAAACCCGUUGAAAAUCAAGGGUUGAAACUAGAAGUUAUCCCACUUGUUGGGGAAGGAGGCAUAGGAAAAACUACAUUAGCCGAAAGAGUCUAUGAAGAUCCAAUUAUUAUUGCUAGCUUUCACAUUCGAGCACGGGUAGUUGUAUCUCGAGUUCAUAACCUCAAAGAGAUGCUCAUUGGUCUAUUACGUUGUAUUUCACCAAUCACUGGUGAAAUCUACAACACCAGUUAUGCUCAGAUAGCAGAGCAAUUAAGCAAAAGUUUGACGGGCCAGAAGUAUUUGAUUUUCCUAGAUGACAUAUGGACCACUAUAGCAUGGGAUGCCGUCCAAAGGUGUUUUCCAGAUAAUUCUAAUGGAAGUCGAAUCUUAGUAACUACUCGGUUCAUAGAGGUGGCUAAAUACUUAAGUGCAAAUCCCUACCAUGUGAAGUAUCAAAAUCUAGAGGAUUGUUGGGAAUUAUUUUCGAGGAAGGUGUUUGGGCAAAGUCAUUUUGUUCCAAAGGAAUUUGAGUUAAUUGGGAGACACCUUGUUAUUUUUUGCAGUGGAUUACCACUAGAGGUUCUUGUAAUUGCUGGACUUUUGGCAACGGUCAAGGAGUCGUUAGAAAUAUGGCGAGAUGUCAAGGAAACUUUGGAUGGAGUUCAUAUAGAUGAUAAUAAGAACAGAAUUUUGGUAACACUUUCAUUAAGCUACAAGUACUUACCUAGUCACCUGAAAGGUUGCUUUCAUUAUUUUGGUGUGUUUCCAGAAGACAGUGACAUUCCUGUUAAGAAACUAAUCAACUUAUGGGUUGCAGAGGGAUUUAUAAAGCCACAUAACAAUAUGAUUUUGGAAGAAGUGGGAGAGAGUUACUUGCAUGAUCUCAUUAAUAGAAGUCUUGUUCAAAUUAAUGAGCUAAGUAUUGACGGCAAAAUUAGAUCUUGUAAGAUUCAUGAUCGAGUGCAUGAGUUUUGUGUGAGCGAAGCGAAAAAGGAGAAUAUUGUGUGCAUUAUCAAUGACAAUCAUGCUCCAGAAACUAGUUGUUGGUUAAGCUGUCAAACAAGUCAUUGGCCAAUCACUCAAGUGAGUUAUGGGAAUUGCACUACCGAUAACAUCCGUUCCAUUCUUUGCUUUGGUAAAGAUGUAUAUAUACCUUUCAAAAUGCAGGUUGAUAUACCCAUGUUUGAAAAUGCUGAGAGUAUUGGAUUUAUCAUUCAUUAAAUACUCACAAGGCAUGCCUAGUGGAAUAGCGGAUUUGAUCCAUUUGAAAUAUUUGGCUUUAAGUACUAUUGCUUCUCUUUACAAGCUUCGAUUUUCCAAGCUUCAAAAUUUGCUAACUCUCAUAGUUACUUCAUGGAUGGAAAGUUUUCGUUUGAAACUGCCAUGUGAUAUUUUGGGUUUGCCACAAUUGAGGCAUUUGCGUGUUGACAAGAGAUGUUCGCAAUAUCUCCCUUGCUUCGUUCAAGAAAAUCUACAAACUCUUCAUUGGUUGAAAGUUGCUAGCUUUGACCAAAAAACAAACUUUAGAAUUGUUCCAAACCUGAAGGAACUAGGAAUUUACAUUGAAGGUCAACUGGCGCCAAGCUAUCUAAAGACCCUUGUCUAUUUACAUCAGCUUGAGAAGUUGAAAUUUGAAAUUGGAAGAGUUGAGCGCUUUUAUCUUCCAACUGGUUUUCCACCAAACCUUAAGAAGUUGACACUUCGUUAUACUUAUCUUCCAUGGAAGGAGAUGGACAUAAUUGGCAGGUUGGCGCACCUUGAGGUGCUUAAACUGAAAGAUUUUGCCUUCUGUGGCUCAGAAUGGGAACCAAUAGAGCAAGGCUUUCGAAGAUUAAAGGUACUUCUUAUUUCACGUUCUGAUCUCAAACAUUGGAAUGCAAGUUCUGAUCAUUUCCCGGUUUUGGAGCGCCUAGUCUUAAGAUAUUGCUGGGAAUUGAAACGAGUUCCAAUUAAUUUUGCAAAUAUUGGAACAUUGAAGUUAAUUGUUCUAGAAAGUUGUUAUUCUUCUCUUGUGAUUUCUGCAAACAAGAUUGAACAGAACCACCAGAAGAGGGAAGAUCGUAAACUUCAAGUUCUUGAUCUCGGAGCUAAGGUUGGUAUGCCAAUUAAUGAAGGGUCUGAAGAAGAAAGUGUUAAAUUGCCAAAUAAUGAGUGGUCUGAAGCAGAGAGUUUUAAAUUGCCAAAUAAUGAAAUCUGCGAUGAAGUAAAUCUUGAAUUUUCAUCUUAUCUGAGUCAUGAAGAAGAAAGGCCAAAAGCUUUAAGGAAGAAAGUGAUGAAUGCUUUGAAGAAGAAAGUAAUGAAAGCUUUGAGAAGAGAGUGACUGAAGAAUUCAAGAAAGCCAGGUUGUAAAAGGUUGUAAGGAUACUAUGUUGCAUAAGUAGA